AUGAGACCAAGCGUUGCCGGAUUGUGCCUUUGGGCAGCUUUGACGGCAGGUGUGUGUGAGAGCACGCCGAUUUUCGACAUGAAGCAAGAAGUUCAGGGGGUUCUGGGCAGGAUAGGACAGGAAGCAGGUUCUGGGAUGGAAUCUGAUGGCGGUGUGAGGCCGGAAGUGGACUCGGAGCAACUACAGGCAUUGAUUACGGAGGAAAACCUCCGGGCCCGGGAGGAGAAAUUGCUGGCGAUAGCAGAAACGUCAAAUUCGACGUUUGGCCAUCCGACGAGAGUAAUCGGGUCGAAAGGCCACUGGAAGACGAUCGGGUACAUCAAGCGAGAGCUCCGGAGGCUGGGCGGGUACUACAAGGUGCGUGUGCAGCCUUUUAAAGCGUUUUACGGGGAGGUUUUCUCGUGUAACGCGACGGUUAACGGCACUUUUUUGCAGACUGUUGGUCCAAUGGACAUGAGCCCGGCAACGGAGUCCGGGAAGCCCGCCGAGGGCCACCUGGUGGCUGCCCAGGGCUUUGGCUGCGACCCGUCCGACUUCCCCAGUGACGUUUCCGGGGCGGUGGUGCUCGUGAGGCGGGGAAACUGCUCGUUUGGCACGAAGUCGGCACUAUCCGGCAAGGUCGGUGCCCGGGCAGCCAUCGUCUACAACAACGAAGAUGGGCCAGUCCGGGGCACGUUGGGCACCCCAAACAAAAGCCAGCCGUACGUUCCAACGGUUGCCAUCUCGCGGGCCGAGGGAGAGCGCCUCGUGGCACUGUUGGGCAAGGGAGAAGUUCUGGAAGCUUCUGUGGCCGUGGAUUCGUUCGUGGGCAUAGUUCACACGGCAAACGUGAUAGCAGAGACCAGGCAGGGUGACCCAGACAACGUUGUGAUGCUCGGAGCGCACUCGGAUAGCGUGGCUGCCGGCCCGGGCAUCAAUGAUGACGGAUCCGGCACGGUUUCGCUCCUUGAGGUGGCCCGGCAGUUGGCAAAGUUCAAAAUCAACAACCGCGUGCGUUUUGCCUGGUGGGCAGCAGAAGAAGAGGGUCUUUUGGGCUCGAACUUCUACGCGGAGACCCUCCGGCCGGACGAGAACUCGCGGAUCCGGCUUUUCAUGGAUUACGACAUGAUGGCCAGCCCAAACUACGAAUACGAGGUGUACGACGCCAAAAACGCCGAAAACCCAAACGGCUCGCAGCAGUUGCGUGACUUGUACAUCGACUACUACGAGCAGCACGGCCUCAACUACACGUUGAUCCCGUUUGACGGCCGUAGCGACUACGUGGGCUUUAUUGAGCAUCACAUCCCUGCCGGCGGCAUUGCCACCGGUGCCGAGAAGAAAAACGUCUUCAACGGCCGUGUUUUGGACCGUUGUUACCACCAGCGUUGCGACGAUCUUUCCAACUUGGCCUACGACGCUUUUCUUGUCAAUACGCGCUUGAUUGCUCACUCUGUGGCCACCUAUGCCAAGAGUUUUGACGGAUUUCCCGAUCGGGAGCCUUUGCCUAGUGUGAAGGCUGAGUCCAGUGGUUUCAAGUACAGGGGAGGCAAGAUGGUGAUGUAG